UCCGAGACCACACCGAAACUUGCCAUCCGGACUUUCGAAACUUUGUUUCUUUCCGACAGCCUGACUAUUCUCUUUCAGUCGUGUUUUAUGUGGUUGCGACUGUUUUUAACAAAGAUUUAAACAAACUUAAACUACGUUAUCGUAUUUUGCAUCGAACUCGACUAAAAACAUAAUCAUCACUAUUUCCCCCCCGCCGCUGGUCCCUUGCUUGACCUAGAACAACAAACAGCAUCCGUAAUUGCCAUAACCCAAAAUCCGUGCUGCUUCCCGCGGCCCACCCCCACGUUACGCCCAACAUGGUUUCCGCAGAGCGCCAACAGAUCAUCGAGACGAACAAGUCGCUACGACUCAUCAAGAAUGAACUCGAAUCCCUUCUCGACAAGGGAGUCAUAACCGAGGAGGCAUACGACUCCAUCCACACACUGCUGCCCGCCGAGGGCACGCUCGGCCGGCGCGGCGCCGAGGCCGCGACGCCGGCGUCAUCCUCGGGCACCCCGGCCCCCGCAGCAGCAGCGGCCGCACGCGCUCCGCCGCCCGCCGACGAGCUCGCCAACCUCAGCAUCAACAACAACCACGCCACGCCGCCCUCGUACGCCCAGAGCAACCCCGGCGCCACCGCCGGCAGCAGGCCCCCUCCCCCACCGCCGCCCAGCAAGCCCGUCCUCUGCCACGCUCGCGCUCUGUACGCCUACCCGGGCAGCGACGUCAGGGACUGCGCAUUUGAGCGGGAUGACAGGAUCGCCGUUUAUGAGUACAUGAACCCCGACUGGUGGAUGGGCCGCAACCUGCGCACCGGCCGCGAGGGCAUCUUCCCCCGCAACUACGUCGAGCCCGAGCCCGCCAACGACAGCUACGCCAACGAAAAGUCGGCCGGUUACAACGCCUACAACGCCGGCCCGCCCCAGGGCCAAGCGGGCGGCUACUACGGCGGCGGCUACCCUCCGCAGCAGCAGCAGCAGCAGCACAACCCCAACCCUUACAACAACCCGGCACCACCCAUGGCCAUCGCGAACCCUCAGCCUGCACAGCCCGAGCCUCAACAAGCUCAGCAGCCCGCCGAGGGCGGCGGCAGCAAGAUGGGAGAGAUGGGCAAGAAGAUUGGAGGCAAGUUUGGAAACGCCGCAAUCUUUGGAGCCGGUGCGACAUUCGGAGGCAACAUUGUCAACUCCAUCUUCUAGACAAGCUCUGUAUAUUCAUUUCGUGGUUGUUUUGUAUCGCAUCAGGAUCUUUUGGCGAUGUUUUGAGUAUGUUGGUGGCGACUAUAUGAUGUUUCUAUCUCUUAGUGGGACGGUCCCACAGGUGCGGGACAAAGGCAGCAAGCAGAUCGCAUCAAUACCUUUCUCUGUGGCGUUGGGUUAUGUAAAUUCAAGUUUACUUUUCGAACAUAAAUGGCAAACUUUUACUCAUA